AUGUUGAAGUUUAAGACCCCAAAGAAAGGAAGAGUCAAGCGUGAGCUUGAAAAACGAGCACCAAAACUUGUUGAGACAGGUAAGAAGACACUGAUACUACAAGGAACAAAAACAAGUAAUGUUUUGAAUACUGUAUUGAGUGAGAUAUUCCAUCUUAAGAGAGAUAACGCGAUUCGAUAUACGCGUAAGAAUGAUAGUAUAAGGCCUUUUGAGUCAGGCGGCGAAACUUCUUUGGAGUUCUUUUCUUUGAAAACUGAUUGCAGUAUUUUUGUGUAUGGUUCCACCUCAAAGAAGCGUCCUGACAAUCUUGUCAUAGGGCGAACGUAUGACCAUCACAUAUAUGAUCUUAUAGAAGUUGGGGUUGAAAAUUUUAAACGGAUGAAUUCCUUCUCUUAUGAUAAGAAACUAGCUCCGCAGGCAGGUUCAAAACCUUUUAUUGUUUUUAGUGGAGAAGCAUUUGAGAGCGUGGAUGAGUUGAAACAUCUGAAGGAGGUUUUGCUUGAUCUCUUACGGGGAGAGGUUGUGGAUAAUUUGAAUCUUGCUGGGUUGGGCCGUGUUUAUGUAUGUACAGCUAUAUCUUCGAACCGGGUGUUCCUCACUCACUGUGCUAUGCGGCUAAAAAAGUCUGGAACAAUAGUCCCAAGGAUAGAACUGGUAGAAAUUGGCCCUUCCAUGGAUUUUGUAGUUCGUCGUCAUCGUCUUCCUAAUGAAAGCUUAAGGAAAGAAGCCAUGAAAACUGCUAAAGAUAAAACUCAUAAGAAGAUUAAAAAUGUUAGUAAAGAUGCACUACAAGGGAAGCUUGGAAAGAUUUAUAUUCCUGACCAAAAGAUUGGAGAGAUGGCACUACCUAACAAAUCUAAAGGAGUGAAGAGAGAACGUCGUGAAGCCAAGAUGAAGAACUCAAAUAAUGAGCCCUCAUCAAAAAAGCAGAAAGAAGAUUCUUAG